AUGGACAGGCUUCCCUUCUACCUCCUGCCCCUGGUUUUCUCCACAGGGCUCUGUGCUCCUCCUGUGCUGACCCAGCCCCCAUCUGCUUCUGCCUCCCUGGGAGCCUCGGCCAAGCUCACCUGCACCCUGAGCAGUGAGCACAGCACCUACACCAUUGCAUGGCAUCAGCAACAGCCCGGGAAGGCCCCUCGGUAUUUGAUGUAUCUUAACAGUGAUGGAAGCCACAGCAAGGGAGACGGGAUCCCUGAUCGCUUCUCGGGCUCCAGCUCUGGGGCUGACCGCUACUUAACCAUCUCCAACCUCCAGCCUGAGGACGAGGCUGACUAUUACUGUCACACAUGGGACAGCAGUGGUAAUAAUCACAGUGACACAGACAGAGGGGAAGUGAGACACAAACCUCCGUCCACAUCUGUGUCACCCUUUCCUCUAGCCCUAGAGGACUAUACACGAAGGCAUGAGCUGGUCUCUGCUGGUCCCCAGAUCUCAGAUCCCCAGGUUGCCCCUUCCUCCAGCCCUCAGUCAGCUCUGCAGAGGGUGGGACAGGAGUGGGUGCAGGGCUGCCAGCACCAGGUUGUCCUGAUGCAGUUGGGGCCUGGUGUGAGAUACAGGAGUCCCACCUAUGGGAGGACCAACACUGUGUUUUACACCCGAACCUUGAGGCCAUACAGCCUCCUGGAGGACUUAGCCCGGGGCCCUGUAAGGUCUUCAUGA